CAGUUCAUUCGCGACCUCAAAAGCGGCCGCACAUGUUGCACGCUAAAAAAACACACAGACCAGAAAACAGAAAUAAAUAACCAAAAUAGACACUUAAAUUUUGAAAAUCCCAAAGAUCUCUCUCUCUGCCUUUUUUGUUUCGUGUGAGUGUGUAUAAAUUUAAAUGGUUUUUGUUUGGCUUUUAUUUAUAUUUUUUUACGGUGUCCAAAAAACAAACCACAAUGUUGGGCUAAAUUUAGCCAGAGAGUCAAAAUAGAAAAAGUUUGUUUUCGAAAAUGCAGCUAUAACAGCAAAAAUCAGUGUAACCAAAUCAAAAGCAACCACUAAUUUGUUAUUUUGUUUGAUUUAAAUAAAAUUAGGCAAUGUGACUGUGAAGCGCGAAGACAAAAAAGUUAAACAAAAAUAAAAAGUGAUUUAAAACACUUUAACUCCCCCAAAACUGUGCUCAGCUUGGGACACACUUAACUAAUUCUAAAGAACUAGGAAGGAAAUACUCUAAUCACUAGAGUAUUUAAUAGACCAUUAAAAACCUGAUGGCAACAACAACAACAACCCAGGCAGCAGGAGCUGCACCAGCUCACAAUUUAUUGCCCGCCGCCGCCAGUAGCAAUAAUAAUAUAAAUAAUACCCUUAACAACAACAAUAAUAACAACAACAACAACAGCAGUAACAACAACAAUAAUAAUAAUAAUAAUAACGUGACAAGCCAGCCCAUAAAAAUACCGCUGAGCGAACGCUUCUCAUCGCAAACGUCGACGGGUUCGGCGGACAGUGGAGUAAUUGUUUCCAGUGCAUCGCAGCAGCAACUGCAGCAGUUGCAAUUGCCGCCACCGCGCAGCAGUAGUGGCUCAUUGAGCUUACCGCAGGCGCCACCUGGCGGCAAGUGGCGUCAGCAGAAGCUGCAGCAGCAGCAGCGCCAGCAAUUACUGCUCAGUCAAGAUAGUGGCAUCGAGAACGGUGUUACGCGGUCAAAGGUCAAGGAUUCUCAGGGCGGUGGUGUGGGAAAACCUGGUCACAAUGCCAUCAAUUCAAAGGAGGCUGGGAACAGCAGCAGCGAAAGUCUGGGCAGCAAUUGCUCCGAAACGACUGCUGAGGAUCAGCAGCGGAUAAGGGCCUCAUCCGCUCUGGAACUCAGUAGCAGUAGCAGCGUGGACAAUCCCGUGGUCAUUGGUGUGGGCAGCACUGUGAUGGGCAACAACAUCCUGCGCAGCCGCAUUAAGUACAAGAGUACCAAUAGCACCGGGACCCAGGGAUUCGAUGUGGAGGAUCGCAUCGAUGAGGUGGAUAUCUGUGAUGAUGACGUGGAGAUCGAGGAGGAGGACGAUGGCGUCAAUGUGGACGACGAUGUCGAGGAGGCCGACAACCAGUCGGACAGUCAGUCGGGCAUAAUAAUAAACCUCAAGAGCAAAUCGGAACAAGAGGAGGAGGAGCCCAAGGAGUCGGAGGUUAAACCCAAAACCCGAUUACUGCCACCCGAUCAGGCGGAACUUACAGUGGCAGCGGCAGCGGCACGUCGUCGCGAUGCCAAAAGUCUGGCCACCGAUGGCCACAUUUACUUUCCCCUGCUCAAGAUCAGCGAGGAUCCGCACAUUGAUUCCAAGCUGAUCAACCGCAAGGAUGGCCUUCAGGACACCAUGUAUUAUCUGGACGAGUUCGGCAGUCCCAAGCUGCGGGAGAAGUUCGCCCGCAAGCAAAAGCAGCUGCUGGCCAAGCAGCAAAAGCAGAUGAUGAAGCGGGAAAGGCGGAGCGAGGAGCAGCGCAAGAAGCGAAACACCACCGUGGCAUCCAAUUUGGCGGCCAGUGGUGAGACCAAAGAUGAUGAACAACAACCACACUGUGAUACUAGCUCUAGGAGCAAACAUAACUCGGUACCCAAUCCCCCCUCCAGCCAUGUUCAUCAUAAUCAUCAUCUUGUUGUGGAUGUGGAGGAGGAUGUGGAUGUGGAUGCCACCAAGCGUGACGUGGGCCAGGUGAAGAUGCGCCGCCACAGCCACGACAACCACUACGAUAGAAUCCCCCAGAGCAAUGCAAACACCAUCACCACCACCACCACCACCACCACCACCACCCGCCCUAAAAACGAUCAUCAGUCGCAGGAUCAGGACGUCGAGGACAUCGAGCAGGGAGCCGAGCCCGAACUCGAAGGAGAUGUCGAUGCGGACAGCGAUGAGAGCGGCGAGAACGUUAAGACUGCCAAAUUGGCCAGAACACAGUCCUGCGUCAGUUGGACCAAAGUGGUGCAAAAGUUCAAAAACAUAUUAGGUCGCGAUGGUUCCAAAAUUACAACAGUUGUUGCAACACCCGGCCAAGGCACCGAUCGUGUACAAGAGGUCUCCUAUACAGACACAAAGGUCAUCGGCAAUGGCAGCUUCGGGGUCGUGUUCCAGGCAAAGCUCUGCGACACCGGCGAGCUGGUGGCAAUCAAAAAAGUUUUACAAGACAGACGAUUUAAGAAUCGCGAAUUGCAAAUAAUGCGCAAACUGGAGCAUUGUAAUAUUGUAAAGCUUUUGUACUUUUUCUAUUCGAGUGGUGAAAAGCGCGAUGAAGUAUUUUUGAAUUUAGUCCUCGAAUAUAUACCAGAAACCGUAUACAAAGUGGCUCGCCAAUAUGCCAAAACCAAGCAAACGAUACCAAUCAACUUUAUUCGGCUCUACAUGUACCAACUGUUCAGAAGUUUGGCCUACAUCCACUCGCUGGGCAUUUGCCAUCGUGAUAUCAAGCCGCAGAACCUUCUGCUCGAUCCGGAGACGGCUGUGCUGAAGCUCUGUGACUUUGGCAGCGCCAAACAGUUGCUGCACGGCGAGCCGAAUGUGUCGUACAUCUGCUCUCGGUAUUACCGCGCCCCCGAGCUCAUCUUUGGCGCCAUCAAUUAUACAACAAAGAUCGAUGUGUGGAGUGCCGGUUGCGUUUUGGCCGAGCUGCUGCUGGGGCAGCCCAUCUUCCCUGGCGAUUCCGGUGUCGAUCAACUCGUCGAGGUCAUCAAGGUCCUGGGCACACCGACAAGAGAACAGAUACGCGAAAUGAAUCCAAACUAUACGGAAUUCAAGUUCCCACAAAUUAAGAGUCAUCCAUGGCAGAAAGUUUUUCGUAUACGCACUCCUACAGAAGCUAUCAACUUGGUGUCCCUGCUGCUCGAGUACACGCCCAGCGCCCGGAUCACACCGCUCAAGGCCUGUGCACAUCCGUUCUUUGAUGAGCUGCGCAUGGAGGGCAACCACACCUUGCCCAACGGUCGCGAGAUGCCGCCGUUGUUCAACUUCACAGAGCAUGAACUCUCGAUACAGCCCAGCCUAGUGCCACAGUUGUUGCCGAAACAUCUGCAGAACGCAUCUGGGCCUGGUGGCAAUCGAUCUUCGGCCGGCGGAGCAGCCUCCGCUGCGGCCAGCGGCUCCACCAGCGUUUCGUCAACGGGAAGCGGCGCCUCGGCGGAAGGAACAGCCGCCCAAUUGACACAGUCGCAGGGCACGGCAGCAGCAGCUGCGGCGGGAUCGGGUGGAGCAGCCGGAGCUGGACAAGCAGCAGCAGGAGCCGGAUCUGGCAACAACAGCAGCAGCGGCGGCGGAGCCUCGGGAGCGCCGUCUGCCGUGGCAGCUGGAGCCAAUGCGCAGCAGGCCAAUGCCGCCGCCGCCGCCGCUGGAGGAGGUGGAGGUGGAGCGGCGGCCGCUGCUGCCACAGCAUCUGGUGCAAUGGCCGCGACCAACGCCGGCGGCGCCAAUGUCACAGAUUCGUAGGGGCAACAGUAACAUACAUUACAUACAACAACAAGCAUAUAUAAUUAAUUAUAACAAGUACGGAGAAUGCAAAACCAGCAGCAACAAAAAUUAAAACAACAAAGAACCCUAUAUACACAAUAAUUAAUACAUUUAAUUAAUGCAAUUGAUGAAAACAAAACAAAAACAAAAUAAAAACAGCAACACAAACGAAAGAAGAGCAGCAAAAAAGCUGAAAGAGAAAAGCAACUAAAAGCAAAAAGUUAUAACAAACGAAAACGUUUUACUUAGGUAAACAUUAAAUUUAUUUUAAAUAUAAAAUAAAACUAAUAAGUAUAAUAAUAAAUAAUAAUGAUAAAUAAAAAAACACAAUAAUUAUAAUAGUAAAGCCAGCGCUUUGGAUUGUCAUUUUGUCACCACCGUACGUGGCGAUAUAUUUUUUAAUUAAUAUUAUUAUAAAUAUUAUCUUCUUUCUCCUCUCUCACACUCUCUUCGUUGAAUAUUAUUUCCAUUACUUUUUGACGCCUAAAGGAAUAAUCAUGUAUAUGUAUAUUGAACAGAGUCAUUGCAUAUUUUUUUUUUAUACCACCUUGUUUUUAGUAUGUUUAACUGAUAAGCCAGAGAAAAAAAUAUUAUACAAUUAAUCCAAUGAAAAAACGAGUUCUGUGUAUUAAAAUAUAAGAUUUAACAAGAUCAGACAUUUUAUUGAAAUUAAAUAGAUUACACCCUCAAACGACCUUAACAAACGAGAAGAAAAGCAGAAGAGAAGAUAAAGAUAAGUUGAAGAGGAGGAGACGAAAAAGAAAAAGCCCCGAGCAUAAUGUAAAUGUUAUGUUAAACCUUAAUUUAAUGGAAAUGAUUAAAGCAAAAACAAAAGAAAAAAAAAAAAAAAAACAAAACAAGAAACUACAAGCAACAAACAAAACAAAAAGCGAAACUGUUUAAACUAUACUUACAUAAUAUAUAAUCUUUAUGAAUACAAACUACAUUUUUUUUUUGCAACACGCAUUAUGUAUAAAUACAUAUUAAAUAAAUAAAUUAUUUUUAUUUUUAUUAAAUAAUUAUUAUUAUUAUUUUGUAAUAAAUAAAAGGAAAUAAUUGAUUGAGAACACGAAACACGAAAAAGAAAAACCGAUCGUGGAAACUAAGAAGAAACCCCUUUCAUCGUAGAUAUUUUUUUUUGUGCGUUAAAAUGUAUCUAAAUGAAUGUAUUAUUAUUUAGCCAGUAGUCGAUAGAGAGAGUUGUGUUUGUAUGAGUUUUAGUCGAUAUAUCGGAUAUAGAGAACAGAUCAGAACAGAACAGAAUAGAACAGAACAGAACAGAACAGAAAGGUAUGGUAGCUGGCAUCUGAGAACCGACGGCUUAGUUGCAAUAUGUAGAUAAGGUCCAAUUAUAGGGUUUCUGUAACUGUAGAGCUGCAUUAUUAUUUGCAUACAUAGUCAGUGUCGCCUUGCCUCGCCCCCGAAAAUCUUUUCCCCUCGCUCCCCAUCUUUCCAUCCAGCGCUGCUAUAAAAUAUUAUUAUCGUUAGAUUGGCAGAACUGUAAAAAAUAAAUAAAAAGAAAAAGAACAAAAAAAAAAUGCAUAAGCAAGAUAAGAAAAACAAAAUAAGAAAAAAGAAAAAAAUGAGCAAAACACUUAUAUUUAUUUCUAUAGUUUAUUAUAAUCGACAUUAAACUAAUUAUUAUGCUAAUUAUAAACGAUUAAUGGAUACACACACAAACGCAGAAUAAAAUACAUUUUUCCUAGUAAUUUAGGCACACACACACACAUACACACACACACAAGAAAACACAUGCAAAAUAAAAAAUCUUUAAAAAAAUGAAUAAAAAGUAAAAAGAAAAAAGAACAAAAAAUUAUAAUCAUUUACCUUAUUUUUUAAUUUGCUAAUUACAUAACCAACACACACACACUCUACAUACAGACACCUACAACACGCAUACUCUGACAAUUGUAUAUGUAAUGCUGUAAUAAUCAUGAUAAUAUAUAGAUUCGUUGAUGAUAAUGAGCAAAGAAGCCGUAAUGAUAAUGAUAAUAAAUGAAUACAACAAAAUCCA